AUGCCGAAUUUUUUAACACGUUGUCGCAGUACCGAGUUAGAUUUCAAUGAAAUUCAGUGUUUACUUUUCAUAAUCGACGAUUCACUUUUUAUCAUCGACAAUUCACUCUUUUCAUCAUCGACGGUUUGCAUUUCAUCAACGACGAUAUAUUUUUUUCAUCAUCGUCGUUUACUGGUUAUCAUCAAAUUUUUGCUUGAACGGCGUUCCAUAAUCACAACAGGCAAAACUACUGCUACUACUGCUUUCUCCGUCAGAACGUCAGGCGUCAAAAACGGAUCAUAUAAAAACCUUACGAUAGAAGAUAAUGCCUACUCAAUAAGCUACAAUGAAUAUUGGGCAGAUUAUAUAGAAUCGUUAUUGUAUACCGAUUUGGACAAAGUUAUCAUCUCCAUCAUUUUGCCGAUUGUGGUCACCAUCGGUAUAAUUGGUAACUUAUUGACAAUUAUCGUGAUAGCAAGAAAAAAGUGCAUGCACACACCUGUUAACGUGUACUUUGCAAAUUUAGCAAUAGCUGAUACGUUGUUCUUAAUAACGGCACCUGAAUUGAUAUGGAACUCUUAUAUUAAAAGUCCAGUAAAUGAUUGGUAUGAUAUUGGUGAAGUGCCGAAAUGGGUUUGUCCGCUAACUUGGUUUCUCAUAAGUACAGGACAAAUCGUGGCACUCUUCACAAUAUUUUGGUUGUCCGUUGAACAUUACAUGGCAGUCUGCAGACCUUUGAAGUUCAAACAAAGUGGAUUUGGGAUUUGUUCCAGGUCUAUAAAGAUCUGUGGCAUCAUCUGGUUUUUAUGUUUGUCUUGGAAUGUGUAUUUUCUGAUCGUGUUUCGUACACGCAACCCCGAACUUAGUUUGCCUCUCAUUGCUGUCGAUACAUUGCCGAAUAAUUUUACAUAUUGUGGCACUUCUAUGGAGUCAGAAAUCAACUGGCUUUCAAUUCGUUUUUAA